CCUAACUAUAGGGUACAUGUCAAUAAAGAACAGAAAAUAACCUCAAUGCUUUUACCUUGUUUGGAGAUUCUUAUUGUCAAAAUCAAAAUAGUUUAAAAACCGGUGCAUAGAUAAAUGUUAUCUUUAUAAGUACUUACACAUUUUAGUUUAAAUAGUAUAUGAUAAUUGUUUCCAUAUGAAUGUUUAAUAAUACCUGUUUAAUGUUUUGAUAUGAAACAUUUCAGCUGGUUACCUAAUUUAUCUUUGUUUUAUAUUUAACACACUAGGUACCUACUGUGGUAGUCUGUUGUUAUAUGCUUAUACUAAGUACCUAAACAAGAAAAUAUCCAUUAUGAGUAAUGUAAAAAAAGUUAUUAAAGAAGGGGCCAUUCAAAUAGGCUCUGGUGGUUCUGCAGGCUUUGUUGAAGUUUGCAUUAUGCACCCCCUUGACUUAGUAAAAACCAGGCUGCAGCUAUCAUCGAAAUUCUUGAGCAAAAAUGACCCCAAAUACUAUAAUGGCAUUGUUGACUGCUUUGGAAAAAUGUACAAACAAGAAGGGUUAUUUUCCUUUUGGAAAGGUAUAGUACCCCCAAUAUUAGCUGAAACCCCGAAACGUGCUGUUAAAUUUUUUACUUUUGAACAGUACAAACAAUUUUUUUUGUUUGGUUCUCCAACCCCUACACCAUUGACAUUUUCACUGGCUGGUUUUGGAGCAGGCGUUACGGAAGCAAUAUUCGUAAAUCCUUUUGAAGUGGUGAAAGUUACGCUUCAAACUAAUAAAUCCAAAUCGGCAGAAAUGCCCAGCACUUGGGCGAUGACCAGACUGAUCAUAAAUGAAAAUGGAUUCGGUCUACGAGGUCUAAAUAAAGGUCUCACUGCCACCAUAGCUAGGAACUCAGUAUUCAAUAUGGUUUAUUUUGGUUUUUAUCAUUCUGUUAAAGGUUAUCUCCCCGAAUUAGAGAAUCCAUAUCACGAAUUUUUCAGAAAAUGCGGCAUAGGUUUUGUUUCUGGAAGUUUAGCCUCAUGUAUUAAUAUACCAUUUGAUGUAGCCAAAUCAAGAAUACAGGGUCCUCAACCUGUUAUAGGUCAAAUUAAAUAUAAAUCUACAUUUCGAUCAAUAAGUAUAGUGUAUAAAGAGGAAGGAUUUACAGCUUUAUAUAAAGGCCUUCUUCCCAAAGUUCUUCGGUUGGGACCAGGUGGAGCUAUAAUGCUUGUUGUAUAUGACUAUGCUCAUAGUUAUUUGACUGAAGCAUUCGCUUGAUUUGAUAAGAAGCCAAAAAUGUUUUAAAUAUGUGUUUUACCUUCAAUUUUAGUUUAUGUCGUGUUUUUUAUUUUAUCAGAAUAAUUUGUUUGUUUUGAAAAAAGUUUUAUUUGUAAAAAG